AUGAUCCUGCUACAGUUCCGUGUCUGCGUCAUCCUGGCCCUGGCCUCCAGCGCCCUUGCUCAGUUCCACUUCAGUGAUUACAGCCUCGACCACGGUGUCGGCCUAACCAGCUACGGCGUUAGCCACGGAGCGGGUCAUUCCAGCCUAACCGGAUAUGGUUUCGGCCAAGGCAUUGCCUACGCACCAGCCGCCAGCUACGCUGUUACAGACCCGGCUGUCGCUGAUUCCGCCUACACCUACGAUGCUUAUCCAGCGCUGACUGCUGCUCAGGCUUACCCAGCUGUCAAUGCUUUCCACGCUGCACCAGCUGUCGCUAAUUACGCGGCGGCUCCAGUCGCCACUGUAGCCGCCGCACCUGCUUCUGCUCCAGCGCUCGCUAGCUACGCUUCCCCGGCUGUCAGUGCUGUCCACGCUGCGCCAGCUGUCGCUACUUACGCCGCGGCUCCCGUCGCCACUGUUGCCGCCGCUCCUGCCGUGUCCCGCUUCACCGCCUACCAGUCUGACCCAUUCAUUGCGGCUGCCCCAGCUGUAUCCCGCCUCAUUUAUCAGGCAUCUCCAGUCACAGCUGCCGCCCCUGCUCCCUUCCGCGCCUCCUACCAGUCUGCUCCAGCACUCGCUACCUACGCUUCCCCAGCUCUCAGUGCUGUCCACGCUGCGAGAGCUGUUGCUUCUUACGCCGCGGCUCCAGUCGUCACUACUGCCACCGCUCCUGCCGUCUCCCGCUUCCCCACCUACCAGUCGUACCCAUUCAUUGCGGCGACCCCAGGUGUUUCCCGCGUCAUUUACCAGGCUGCACCAGUCACAGCUGCCUUUCCUGCUGCAUUCCGCGCCACGUACCAGACUGCUCCAGCGUUCGCUACCUACGCUGCCCCAUCUGUGACCAAGGUCAUUCAGUCUGCCCCGGCCGUUGGUGCCCCAGCAGUCUCCCGUGUCACCUUCCAUGCCGCCCCAACCGUGCUCAAGGACCAGCAGAACAGCCAAGUUACCACUGCCAAAGCUGUUGCGAGCGUGGCUGCUGGCCCAGCCGUGUCCCGCGUCACCACCUUCCAGUCUGCUCCCGCAGUGUCUACAUACGGAGGCCAAGCAGUCACCAAGGUGUUGCAUUCUGCCGCAGCUGCGGCUUCUGCACCAGCUGUGACCACCGUCACACACGCUGCUCCAGUCGUUGCUGCCUCGCACAACGCCCCAGUAUAUGGCUACGGCGUUGGAAACGUCAACCCCAGCGCUAGUCACCAUGGCCUCCACCCCGGCAUUGGUGUCUACGGCCAGAAUUCCCGCACCCACAAAAUGAUUCAACUCUUCAGAGGACCUGGCGCGUCGAAAAGGAUAUGA